CAAUGUCCGAAGCAAAACGUGUUACAUUGACAACUAUUAGCAGUACGGUAUCUUCAUCAUUACUGGCGGCCGGUUCGUCAAGAUUUGGUGCAGAUUUCUUAGCUCCAGCCGAUAAAGCCUCAUCAACAGCUGCAGCAUCAUCAUCGGCGACCAGUAAAAAUGGCUGUAAAACAUUACGUUUGAAUGUUGAACUUUUUCAAACCGAUUGUAAUCAAUAUCCCGAGUUUGAUUAUUCCAAAUUGGUUCAUGUGGAAAAGAAAAAGCUGAAAAAACUUAAACAAAAGACAAAUGGUUUCUCGGAUCCUUUUGAGGAUAAUGAUGAUGAUGUGGCACGCAUUGCCAAGGAGUUAGAGAGAAAAUAUGGUAAUGCCUAUGUCAGUGGACGAGGCAAAAAUAAAAGAGAUGACAUCGACAUUGGCAUGGGAUAUGACGAGUCAGACUCGUUUAUUGACAAUACAGAAGCGUACGAUGAGAUGGUACCCGACGAAGUGGAAACAAUAGAAGGGGGUUUCUAUAUCAACUGCGGUGCAUUGGAGUUUAAAAAACUUCAUACCGAAUCGACGACCACCAAAACCGAUGAAAUUAUUAAAAUGCCAAAUCGUCCAAAGAAACCUGUCAUAUCAUCAUCGUCGGAGGAUUCAUCUUCAUCGGAUGAUGACGACGACGAUGAUGAGGAAGAUGAGGAUGACGAUUCGGAUGAUGAUGAGGACGAUGAAGAGGAAGAUUCGGCCGAAGAUGCUUCGGUUGAAACAGCCAAAUCCAAGUCCAGUUCAUCUGCACCUGUCGUCGAUAAAAAACCGAAAGUCUCCUUGAGUAGUACGGGUAAGAAAAAGGCGUCCAGUGCACCAUUGGAAAAUGGAAAUAAUCAGAAGAAGAGGAAAAUUAAAAAUAUUACCAGUGGUGUAUCAUCGGGUUCAUCUUCGAAUUCUCCAAAGCCGGUGAUGACUGAUGAUUUAGCCUCCGAUUCGGAAAAGGAAAGAAUUGCUAAAAAACUGGAGAAAACCACAACCGUGAAAGAUAUGCUCAAGGCCCAGAGAGAUAAUUACUUGAAAUCACAAACAGUCAAUGAUGUUAAAUCGGGCAAUGGCAAAGUUAAGGGCAAAUCAUCGUCAGGCGACGAUGAUGAUGAGGAAUCUAGUGAUGACUCUGAUGAUGAGGAGGAUGGGGAUUCCGAUAACAGCGAUUCCAAUCAAAGUGCUCCCAAAACUCAAUUAGAUAAGAAGUCGGCAUCUAGUAAUGAAGAGAAUCCAGGAAAUGAAAAAUUAAGGUCUUCGGAUACCAAAUUGCCCGAUAUAGAGCCAGAGGUACUGGCAAGUGUUGUGAGCUUUCGAGAUGAACUUAAAACAAAAAAUCUAUUGGGCAAGAAAUUUCAAUUUGAUGAUCGUCUGUCGGAAUGCUUUUUGAAAAUUGAUGAUGCCUUACUGUGUAUUGAUAAAGGCGAUCGCAGCAUGGUCUAUGCCCAUCUGGAAUAUCAACUAAUGCAACCGAAAUAUUUCUUUUUACGUAAAGCCAGACAAUUACGGGAAAAGGAAGAGAAGCUUAAAACAAAACGGGCCUUUAACAAAUUGCAAAAGGCUGUGACCGAAACAAUGCCUGCGGUUAUAGCUAGUUAUGAUGCUGAAUUAAGAAGAUAUGCUGAAUUGGCGGCAAGUGUAAAUUCUGAGCAGCCUCCCAAAAUGCCAAAGAAGAAAUUCCCUUGGAAUCCUAAUUUAAGAAAUCUAUUGUACGAGGUUUACCAAGUACGUUGGACAUCAUAUCCUGUCCUGGGAAAAAAGAAAGAGACACUCGAAGAUUUCAUUACCACCUAUAUGAGCAAAAAGGUUGUUGAAAUUUGGCCCAAAGGUUGGAUGCGUUAUGAAGAGCUUCAAAAGGAAAUCGAGAAACGAAAGAAUGCUGUGAAAAAAGCUAAGGAAAAGGAAAAAUCCAAAACAUCGCUACCAUCUGUCUCGAACACAGCAGCAGCUGUUGUACCAGGAGUGACAUUUAACCCGGCCGCAUCAACUCUAGCAAACCCUCCGCCCGAAACAAACCCACGUUCCAAUGCCAACUCGGAUACAGAUUCUGUAGCCAGUAGUAGCAACACAUCGUCGAGUCUGAAACGUAAAAACACUGACACAAAUCCAAGCAGUAAACAACCCAAGGCAGCGAAAUCUGCCAAAUUGAAUGGAGAACAGCAACAACAUCAGAAUAAACAAUCCACAAAUACAAAAUAUAUGCCGGCAGGUCUAGAUUUAACUUCACCCAAAAAGAAAUCCGAUCACAGCAUUAAUCACAUAAUAUCACCGACAUCUAUUGCUGCGGCGGCAGCAGCAGCUGCAUCAUCGUCACAGCAAGCAGCAGCCGCCUCCGGCACAUCAUCCAUAUUCAGUGCAACGGUGGCCGCUUUAUCACAACCCUUGAAACAUUCCAGUAAUACACAUGUCAUUGAUCUCGACAAUUAUACAUGUCCUAGCGAAAUAAUGCAACAGGCAGCUGCGGCCAAUGCCGCCGCCUUGUCAUCAUACACAAUGACCAAUACAAAUAUCAGUUCACGUCGCGAAAGUAGCGGAGCUGAUUCCGAAAUUGAGAUAGUUGGUUAUUAUCCAGCCAAAAGUACUAAUAAUGUCAAUAAAAAACAGAAGACUAAUAGCCGUAGUGCUACACCGAAUUCCAAUCAAAUUGGUGGUUCCGAAAAGACUUACAAUAAUAAAAAGAAACAACUACAACAACAGCAGCAGCAACAAGCAGCUAGUGCUGCCGCUAUAACAGCGGGAGCAUUAAAUCUAUCAGGUAUAGAUGGUUAUAAUAAAAUGGUCAAUGCAAUAAGGGAUUUUGGAGAGCAUCUACAACUGCAGCCAUUACUAUCAGCAUCCGCGGCAGCAGCAGCAAAUCAACAACAACAAUCACGACCAUCAACAUCUUCUUCACCAAUGCCACAGAAUAUGCCACAUCAAUGA